CUGCAGCGGUGUCUGGCGAUCCUCCAGUCGGCCCUGGCAAACCCGCAGACCGCACCCGCCCCCGCCGCGCCACCCCAGCCGGCGCCGGUCCCCGCGCCCGAGCCCGCGCCUGUGCCCACCGCCCCGACAGCCGCCUCGCCGCCUCGGAGUGCCCCUUAGACGACCUCCUCCUGCUGAUACCCGCCAGCCGCCGCAAGGGUCCCGUCGACGACUCGGCCGCCGUGGCCGCGGUCGGUUCGGCCCCGACCGUCCGGGUGAAACGCCGCCGCUGCCCCGCACGUGACGGCCCCUGCGAGGUGCGGUCCGCCUGUCUCGC